UAUUUGUCCCUAAUUCCUCGUUCCUAAGCGGGAAAAAGCAAACGCCAAAAAAAGCUCAAAAUCACAAACAGUAGGCAGAGGAAACCGAUUCCUCGCCGGAGAAAUGAGGGGCAACAGUCGCCGCCAACCCAAGGACUCCUUCAUUCCACAACCGACACCUGACCGCCGCCAAUAUCCUUUCUCUGGAGCUGCCGGUAACACUUCCCGUGACUCUGAUGCUAGCUUUGCCAGUAGCCGACCGUCCACCGUUGGCGUCGGUCGAACAUCUGAACUAUAUACUGAUCGGGGUCACCAAAACUCGGCUGUCCGAUCAAUUAAUACCUUCCUCUCCUCCCACAACUCUCUUCUCUCUUUAAGAACGCAUCCUAUCUCCUCCGCUAAGGAGAUGACCGAAGUUCUUCAGUUCCUUCUUCACCAACUAGACUAUCCCAAGGCGAAGCUAGACGACGAUCUGUUUGUAAUUUUGAAGUCCUUGAAUUGCCCAUUCAAGGUCAACAAAUCUGCUCUUCGUGCACCUAAUACACCUCAUAAUUGGCCUUCAUUUCUAGCACUAAUCCACUGGCUAGUCCAGAUUGCGAUGUAUGCGGAGCAUUUGGCCGCUAAUUCGAGGUCUUUAGUUGAAACUAAUGGUAUGCAUGUUUAUACUUUGGAUAGUUAUUUGAAUUUUAUUAAUGGACAUGAUGAGGCGGUGGAAGAAUUGGAUAGAGAAUUCAUGGAGAAGCUGGAGAGAGAAAGAGAUAGUGUACUUGAAAGUGUUAAGAAUUUAGAGGCUAAUUUUAAUGAACUGAGUACCAAAGCGGAGGAGCUGAGGACUGGACCUACAGAGAGGGAAAAGCUGGAGAAGCAGAGGAGUGUGUUAGAGGAGGAUGUGAACAAGUUUAAUGUAAUGAUUGCAGACUUCAAUCAGAGGAUGAAGGCCAUGGAGAAUUUGGUGGAGGAGAAAAGGAAGGAGUUGGAAGCCAAAGUUGAGGAGAAGAAACGGAUUGACGAGGAGAAUGAGGAGUUGAAGAAGAGAGUGGACGAUCAGAGUUUUAAUGCGAGAGAUGCAGAAAGGAUGAAGAGGGAGUUGCAGGCAGUGGAGAAUGGUAUUGGAGAGGCAGAGGCUUCAAGGAAUUCGUGGGAGGAGAAGAUUUGGGAUCUUGAUGCUGCAAUUGGACAUGAGUUAAAGGAACUUGAGUCACUUGCAAUGGAGUGUAACCAGGCCGUUAAGAGAUUAAAGCUUGGAAAUGGCUUUCAAUAUGUGUUGAAUGCCAAGGGAUCAACACCUGCUCAAGUCAUGGGGGUUGACUACAAAUCUACUGUUAAGCCUGGACUUGAAUCCUUUGCUGAUGACAUAAAGAAAAGCUCUAUGGAAAAACUAGAAGAGUUGAUUUCACUUCAACAAGAGUUGUCAGAAUUGACUGCUAAGACUGAAGGCAAAAAGAACCGUACUGCUGUACUUCAGUGUCAUAUUGAUGAAGUAGAAACUUUGUUGAACUUGUUAAGGAAAGAAACAGAGGAGUACACAAACAGAUGUGCAAUGGAAGCUAAAAAGCUGAUAGAGGAUGUCCAAAUGGAGGCUCACAACUUGGAUGUUUUGGAAAGAGAAGCAGCAGCGAUUCUGAAAGCCAAUGAGCUAAAGUUGCAGGAAGCAAUCAAACAAAGUGAAGAAGAAAUUCAGAUGCACGCAAUAGACCUCUUUGCAGUUAUUGAUACCGUCUCAGAAUACAAAGAACAUGUGGAGUCCAAAAUUUCAGAGAUGAGAAGCAAGCUGUCAGAAACUGUAGGUGCCAUUUCUGAUGCUUACAAGCAUUCCUUGCCAGUAGAAUUUUGUAUCAGCUUGGAUACUACCCAUUAACCACAAAUUCAAAAAACAGAAAAAUUACACAGUGCUUCAGGAUGCAGGCACUGUGAAGAAACUUUCUUCCUUUUGGCGAGCGCUGAUGUUUUUAUCAGCGCGGCUAAAUGCCUUCAAGUCUAUUAUUCUGUCUUUUCAUUUUAAGAACAGCGUUUUUACAUUGUAUUCUUUUCUGAGUUCUGUCUAUGAAGUCGGAAUAGAAUACAAAGCUGUUGAACUAGCUUUUUGACCGAAUUAAGUGACUUAUUAACUGGAACUGCCCUUUCGGCUGCUGUAAACGUUCGGUUGCUCGAUUUACAGGCAAAAUGCAGGAGCUUUGUAUAAUGUAUUUAUGGUGGAUUUGUAA